GCUCUUCUGACUCCCACCGCAACGACCGGCUUGCGGUACAUUGACAAUGUUCACAGGUCUGAUCGAACACCUUGGCACUGUUUCGUCUAUCCAGCGUGAUGCCGGUGGAUGUACACUAACUAUAUCCAAUGCUGCACCCAUCUUGGAUGAUUGCCAUGUUGGCGACUCUAUUGCUGUUAAUGGCGCGUGCUUGACUGUGACUGCCUUUAAUAAAGAGGAGAAUGGAGGCUGGUUUCAAGUCUGGUUAGCCAAUGAAACUCUCGAUCGGACUGACUUAGGUGAGCGUAAAGAAGGGGACCAAGUGAACCUUGAACGUGCUAUGGGUGCACACGUCCGGUUUGGAGGUCAUUUCGUACAGGGCCAUGUAGAUGCAACGGCAACUUUGAUAUCCAAAGAACCAGAUGGCGAAUCUCUGCGGCUCUUGUUUCAAUUUCCCGAACCGACACCCUCAAGGCCCUCUCUUUUGCCCUACCUCAUUCCGAAAGGAUACGUUGCUAUUGACGGGACGUCCCUUACUCUCACUUCUGUGAAUGAUAGUGAUCGGACGUUCGGCAUUAUGCUCAUCACACAUACACAAGAGAAAAUCACGCUUGCAAGGAAGCCCAUAGGCGCAAAAGUAAAUAUUGAAGCGGAUAUGGUAGGCAAGUUUGUGGAGAAGAGCGUUGCAGCUGCAUUGAGUGGUGGAGGUGGAGGGGGCAUAAGAAGUUUGGUCGAGAAGGUCGUUGAAGAUGUUCUCAUCAAGAAGGGUAUCGUGAAACAGUGAAAAUGUAUUGGUGCAUGUAUGUAGUCCAUAAUGAAAAACUCUCAUAGUAAUACGACAACGGCAGGUGGAGGUGAUUAGAU